UCGAUACUCGAGACUUGCGCAUCGCUUUUUCCAACUUUGCAGGGUUUCCACUUGUUCUCCACGACGCGUCGCGCACCGGCUGCAUCGCCACAGCGCAACUCAUCUCCUUGAUGAUCUCACUCACCCUGUCAACCCCACGCGCACUGCUACGAUCGUCAGCACGCCAACGCCAAGCGCCCCGGCUUGGCCGGCAUGCGAACCGGGACUGACACAUCCGGGUACAUAUAUGGCCAUCUUACGCCUCCCCAUUGCCACUUUCCCAUCACUCAUCAUCGCUCACUACCCCUCCCUCCCAUCUCUCUUGCACCUCAUCACCAUGGGCCUCUUCACCGCUCCCGCCCCGACGCAGCUCGUGCCCGCCAACCCCCCCAUCGCUGUGUUUCGCGACUUCAUCGCCCAGGCGCCCACCACCCUCGUCCUCAAGGAGAAGGUGUGGAGUCUGAGCGGCGACUCGUUCAGCAUCAAGGACGCCGCGACCGGCCGCCCCGUCGUCAAAGUGGCCGGCAAGGCACUGUCGCUGCGCGACCGCAAGCAGGUCAUGGACCCCAGCGGGCGACCGCUGUACUCGCUGCGCUCCAAGCUCAUGACGAUCUUCAACGUGCAGAUUGGAGAGGACGCGAACGAGAAGGAGCUAUUCCGUGUGCGCUCCCACAGCCUGUCGCUCGGAUCCAAGCUCACCGUCACCUUCACCAACGCCAUCACGGGCCAGCCGGUCGAGCUCAACAUCAAGGGCGACAUGUUCGGCAUGGGCUCUGUCAUCCGCUGUAACGGCCAGCCCAUCGCCCAGAUCUCGCGCGAGUACUUCAAUGCCGCCCAGAUCUUUGGCGACCAGCAGACUUACUUCGUCACGGUUGCCCCAGGUGUUGACCUGGCGCUGAUUGCGGGCAUCUGCAUGGCCUUCGAUGAGGCUGAGAAUGAGGCGAAGUAAUAAUCACUCGAGGUUUCACGAAAGAUGCGUUCUUGAGUACUC